AUGUUCUUCCAAAUCCACUCCGACAUCCACCUAGAGGCCACCAGAAGUUACCACACCUUAACCAUCCCCCCAAAAGCGCCAUACCUCAUCCUCCUAGGCGACAUCGGCAACAUCCCCAAACACAAAGGCGACUAUCUUGCCUUUCUCACCAAUCAUCUCCGGCAAUUCCGCGCUGUGCUCCUCGUUCCCGGAAACCAUGAGCCGUAUCAUUACAGCUGGCCUGAGACGCUAGAGACUUUGCGGGCCUUUGAAGACGACGUCGCGAAGGACGAUUCCCUAGGCACCUUUGUCCUGCUCGAUCGCACUGUUUUCAGAGUGCCAGACUCAAAGGUUGUCAUUCUCGGUUGCAGCCUGUUCUCUCACGUCCCAGAGAGAAACCGCAAAGCAGUUGGCUCCAAACUCAACGACUUCAAGUACAUCCGCAACUGGGAUUUGGACCAGCACAACGCGGCGCACCAGCGGGAUGUGGAAUGGCUGAACGCGCAGGUGCAAGAGCUGGAGCAGGAAGAUGUAGACAUCAUGAUUGCAACGCACUGGAACCCCUCAGUCGACGAGCGAACUAUUGAUGCCAGGCACAAGGGGAGUGAUAUCUCAACUGCGUUCGCGACGGAUCUGAGGGACGAGAUAUGCUUCCGGUCGCCGAAGGUCAAGGUUUGGGCGUUUGGGCACACGCACUAUAACUGUGAUGUGAUGGUCAAACGAGACAAGUUUGCGUUUUUGAAGGUAUUCGGAGAGAAAGUGCCUCCACUGAGGCUGGUCACCAACCAAAAAGGGUACUUUGGCCACGCGGAGGGAUAUGACCCAGAGAAGGUGAUUGAGCUUUGA